AUGUCCCUCAACAGAAACGACAAUGAAUACAAUCUGCGUAGUAUGAGCAACCCUAUUGGCGGCAUGAGGAAGAAAGUGACGGACGAUAGAGAGCGGCGGAGUCUCAUAAGAGCGCCGUCUGAAUCGAGCAUCAACAACCUGGGCGUCACCUCUGCCGCCCGCGAACCGGAGCUCGCCACCGACCAGGAUGUCACACCGGUGUUCGUGUACGUCUUGGCGUUUUUUUCAGCCCUGGGCGGCUUCCUUUUUGGCUAUGACACCGGGGUGGUCUCCGGGGCAAUGCUUCUCCUGAAAAAAGAAAUGCAUUUGACCGCUCUAUGGCAGGAGUUGUUGGUCUCCAGUACUGUGGGUGCAGCGGCGCUCUCUGCCCUGGCUGGCGGGGCUCUGAAUGGGCUCUUCGGGCGCAGGAUCUGCAUACUAAUGGCGAGCUUCAUUUUCACUGCCGGAGGAGUUGUGUUAGGUGCUGCUCCAAACAAGGAGGUUCUUCUUGUCGGAAGGAUUACAGUUGGUUUGGGAAUAGGUAAGGUAUGUUUAUUUAGUUCAAACAUUUACUGGACAAGUAACCAAACUGAGAGCCAUGACUGACUGACCAGUUUUACAUGUCCAAGUGGUUAUUUUCCAAGCCAGGAAUAUAUGAUUUGUUUGGAAGUCUUUACAAACACCUAUGUCUUUGUAAGGUUUACCAAGGGCAGGUAGUGAAGAUAUACUUUAGGUAAACUCAUCCAAAAAGUGAGAUGAAUUGUGAAUAAUUUCUUAGAACCUUGCCAAAAACACUGACUAAAAACACAUAUAAAGACAUUACUGUCCAUAACCUGACAGCCAGGGGAAUGAUUUCAUCAGCAAAGUUGAUCUCCCCCCUUUUAGGGAUUGCCUCCAUGACGGUUCCUGUUUACCUUGCGGAGGUCUCCCCACCACACAUGAGGGGUCAGCUGGUCACCAUUUACACCCUCUUCAUCACGGCCGGCCAGUUUAUUGCCAGUGUUGUGGACGGGGCCUUUACUUACCUGCACCACAAUGGCUGGAGGUAAGCCUUAUCAGAGAUAGACCAUAUUCUAUUCUAUAUUGCCAUGGAUACUCAGUAGCUGGUAAUACUAGAAGGGGAUGCAUCAGUUACAGUAGCCUACAGUUCAGUUCAGUUAUAUUUUUGGUUUAGUUAGCUUUGGAAGCUGAUUCGAGGUGUCCCUGCUACAUGCCUGAAGAAAAAAGCACUGCAUAAUAUUUUGUUCUGCAUCCAUAUGAUAUAGCAACCACAUAAUAUGGAGAUAACAAUCCACUACCAUCUAUCUACACUGAAUGGAAUUGAAACAGGCCAUAAUGUCAUUUCUCAGGCAUGGCAACUACCCCGCUUUCAGCCCAAGGAGCGAUGAGUAUUUUAACACCCCAGUCACUCCAGCUUCCGUUUCGACACCUCUCCUUGCACGUAUGGAAGAAUGGAAGCUGGUUGGAAUAUCAAAAAUCUAAUCCAAUUUUAUUGGUCACAUAUUUAGCAGAUGUUAUUGCAGGUGUAGCGAAAUGCUUCUGUUCCUAGCUCCAACAGUGCAGUAGUAUCUAACAAUUCACAACAAUACACACAAAUCUAAAAGUAAAAGAAUGGAAUUAUGAAAUAUAUAAAUAUUAGGUUGAGCAAUGUCGGAGUGGCGUAGACUAAAAUACAGUAGGAUAGAAUACAGUAUAUACAUAUGAAAUGAGUAAAGCAGUAUGUAAACAUUAUUAAAGUGACUAGUGUUCCAUUAUUAAAGUGGCCAGUGAUUCCAUGUCUAUGUAUAUAGGGCAGCAGCCUCUAAGCUGCAGGGUUGAGUAACCAGGUGGUAGCCUGCUAGUGAUGGCUAUUUAACAGUCUGAUGGCCUUGAGAUAGAAGCUGUUUUUCAGUCUCUCGCUCCCAGCUUUGAUGCAUCUGUACUGACCUCACCUUCUGGAUGAUAGCGGGGUGAACAGGCCGUGGCUCGGGUGGUUGAUGUCUUUGAUGAUCUUUUAGGCCUUCCUGUGACAUCGGGUGCUGUAGGUUUCCUGGAGGGAAGGCAAUGUGCCCCCGGUGAUGCGUUGGGCAGACCGCACCACCCUCUGGAGAGCCCUGCAGUUGCGGGUGGUGCAGUUGCCAUACCAGGCGGUGACACAGCCCGACAGGAUGCUCUCAAUUGUGCAUCUGUACAUUUUGUGAGGGUCUUUGGGGCCAAGCCAAAUUUCUUCAGCCUCCUGAGGUUGAAGAGGCGCUGUUGCACCUUCAUCACCACACUGUCUGUGUGGGUGGACCAUUUCAGAUUGUCAAUGAUGUGUACGCAGAGGAACUUGAAGCUUUUCACCUUCUCCACUGCGGUCCCGUCGAUGUGGAUAGGGGCGUGAUCCCUCUGCUGUUUCCUGAAGUACACGAUCAGCUCCUUCGUUUUGUUGACAUUGAGGGAGAGGUUAUUUCCACCACUCCGCGAGGGCCCUCACCUCCUCCCUGUAGGCUGUCUCGUCAUUGUUGGUAAUCAGGCCUACUACUGUUGUGUCGUCUGCAAACUUGAUGAUUGAGUUGGAGGCGUGCGUGGCCACACAGUCAUGGCUGAACAGGGAGUACAGGAGGGGGCUGAGCACGCACCCUUGUGGGGCACCAGUGUUGAGGAUCAGCGAAGUGGAGAUGUUGUUUCCUACCUUCACCACCUGGGGGCAGCCCGUCAGGAAGUCCAGGACCUAGUUGCACAGGGUGGGGUUCAGACCCAGGGCCUCAAGCUUAAUGAUGAGCUUGGAGGGUACUAUGGUGUUGAAGGCUGAGCUAUAGUCAAUGAACAGCAUUCUUACAUAGGUAUUCCUCUUGACAAGAUGGAAUAGGGCAGUGUGCAGUGCGAUGGCGAUUGCAUCGUCUGUGGAUCUAUUGGGGCGGUAAGCAAAUUGAAGUGGGUCUAGGGUGUCAGGUAAGGUAGAGGUGAUAUGAUCCUUAACUAGCCUCUCAAAGCACUUAAUGAUGACAUAAGUGAGUGCUAUGGGGCGAUAGUCAUUGAGUUCAUUUACCUUUGCUUUCUUGGGUACAGGAACAAUGGUGGACAUCUUGAAGCAAGUGGGGACAGCAGACUGGGAUAGGGAGAGAUUUAAUAUGUCCGUAAACACACCAGCCAGCUGGUCUGCACAUGCUCUGAGGACGCGGCUAGGCCGUCUGAUAUCACCAGAUUCAUGUAUGAACAUGAUGCAACUUCCAUGGAGUUUUCUCAACUUAAAUGGAGACUCUGUAAUGGAUACAUCAGCUCUUAGUAUUUUGAGUGUGAUGAUGAAAAUAGAAAGGGUUGAGAAAUGUAAAAAAGAAAGUCCAGCCAAAAUACACACCAAGAUGUUCAAACAAAUCCAGCAGGUAAAACUACCUGCAGUCAACUUGUGCAAUACGUUAGGCGAUAAAGCAGAUCGCGUUCUUCAUUUCACCUGUCACAUUAUUGCUUACCGGUAGUCCCCAGUCACAUGUUGUUUGUUUACAAGCACACAAUGAUGAGCGACAGGAGCCUCAAAUAAAAUGUUAUUCAUCAUAUACUUCGUAAACAACAGGUGUAGACUAACAGUGAAAUGCUUACUUACAGGCCCUUCCCAACAAUGUAGAGAUAAAGAAAUAAUAGAAAAGUUAAAUACGUAAUAAUAAAAGUAAUAAUAGAUACACAAUGAGUAACGAUAACUUGGCUAUAUACAAGUUUAGGUUGUUCCAUGAUGGUUUUGGUUGAACAUCUUGGUGUGUAUUUUGGCUGGGUUUUCUUUUUUACAUUUCUCAAAUGUGCCAUAUUUAGAAACUGGAGAAAGUGUUUGGCAGUGAGUAGAGAGAAGAGGCAGUGAGUAGAGAGAAGAGGCAGUGAGUAGAGAGAAGAGGCAGUGAGGAGAGAGAAGAGGCAGUGAGUAGAGAGAAGAGGCAGUGAGUAGAGAGAAGAGGCAGUGAGUAGAGAGAAGAGGCAGUGAGUAGAGAGAAGAGGCAGUGAGUAGAGAGAAGAGGCAGUGAGUAGAGAGAAGAGGCAGUGAGUAGAGAGAAGAGGCAGUGAGGAGAGAGAAGAGGCAGUGAGGAGAGAGAAGAGGCAGUGAGGAGAGAGAAGAGGCAGUGAGUAGAGAGAAGAGGCAGUGAGUAGAGAGAAGAGGCAGUGAGUAGAGAGAAGAGGCAGUGAGUAGAGAGAAGAGGUAGUGAGUAGAGAGAAGAGGCAGUGAGUAGAGAGAAGAGGCAGUGAGUAGAGAGAAGAGGCAGUGAGUAGAGAGAAGAGGCAGUGAGUAGAGAGAAGAGGCAGUGAGUAGAGAGAAGAGGCAGUGAGUAGAGAGAAGAGGCAGUGAGUAGAGAGAAGAGGCAGUGAGUAGAGAGAAGAGGCAGUGAGUAGAGAGAAGAGGCAGUGAGUAGAGAGAAGAGGCAGUGAGUAGAGAGAAGAGGCAGUGAGUAGAGAGAAGAGGCAGUGAGUAGAGAGAAGAGGCAGUGAGUAGAGAGAAGAGGCAGUGAGUAGAGAGAAGAGGCAGUGAGUAGAGAGAAGAGGCAGUGAGUAGAGAGAAGAGGCAGUGAGUAGAGAGAAGAGGAAGAAGAUAGGUGUGGAUUUUAAAUGUGUGACAAACAACUUGCCCUCAUCCAGAUGUCCUGUUAGGUCUUUGACUGACCUUUUCAACUAAACUAUUUUUUGAAUGUGAAUAAAUAUGGGAUAAAAUAUUGCUGUAAGUUUAGGUGUUAGGCUAUGAUUAGAGCCUGUUGAUGUGUGAAAUUAAAAUGUUCAUUUCCAAAAGCAAACCAUCAGGAACUUAAAACAGCUCUGUGGAACUGAAUUUGAUAAUCACACACUCUUCCCCCCCCCGCUCCGUGUGUAUGUGUCUCUCUCACUCUCUCUCUGUCUCUGUCUCUGUCUGUAGGUACAUGUUGGGUCUGUCCAUUGUCCCUGCGGUGCUCCAGUUCUUUGGUUUCCUCUUCCUGCCAGAGAGUCCCCGCUGGCUCCUUCAGAAGGGCCUUCCCCAGCAGGCCAGGCAGGUGCUCAGCAGGAUCCGCGGGGGCCAGAACAUUGAAAAGGAGUACGACAGCAUGAGGACCAACAUCGAGGAUGAGGAGAAGGAGGCAGGAGGUGACACACACACUCACACACAAAUAUACACAUACACAUACACACACACACACACACACACACACACACACAUAUACACACACACACAUUGGUUUACGAUGAAUUUCGGACACAGACACACACAUUAGCCGUGGCACAUCCAGAUGAUCUGAAACUGUGACCAUGACCACCCAUAGACAUAUAUGUAUAUCUCCCUCCCUCUUACACACUUAUUAGAUUUUAAUGCAUUUUUCUGGAGCUUUUUGAACUUUUGGGGAGUUUAUCUCAAUCAUUGCACUCGCCUGAGAAGAAAGUACCAGGCUGUUUUUUUAUGUUGAGAGGAUCAACUUUGCCAAGACCAGUUUGUUUGACAAGACUAAGGGACAGAUCAACAUUUACUGGGGGGGAGGGUGGCCGAAAAUAGGGGAGGGUUGUCAAACUUAAUUUUUUGUUUUGGAGAGGGUAGUGUGUUUUUUAUUGGGCACAGUUUAGUGUAGUGUGGGUUUUUAUUGGGCACAGUUUAGGGUAGUGUGGUUUUUAUUGGGUACAGGGGAGGGUAGUGUGUUUUUUAUUGGGCACGGGGAGGGUAAGGUGGUUUUUUAUUGGGCACAGUUUAGGGUUAGUGUUGGUUUUUAUUGGGCACAGUUUUAGGGUAGUGUGGUUUUUAAUUUGGGCACAGGGGAGAGGUUGUGUGGGUAUUUUAUUGGGCACAGUUUUAGGGUAGUGUGGUUUUUAUAUUGGUACAGUGGAGGGACAGUAUGGUUUUUAUUGGCACACAGUUUAGGGUAAGUGUGGUUUUUAUUGGGCACAGGGGAGGGUUGGUGUGGGUUUUUCCUUGGGUAACAGGGGAGAGGUUGUGUGGUUUUAUUGGGCACAUUUAGUAGUGUGGUUUUUUAUUGGUACAGGGGAGGGUAUGUGGUUUUUCAUUGGCACAGUUUAGUAGUGUGGUUUUUAUUGGGCACGGGAGUUUGUGUUUUUCUUGGGUACAUGGGAGGGUUGUAUGGUUUUUUUUAUUGGGGCACAGGGAAGGGUUGUUGGUUUUUAGUGGGCACAGGGAGGGUUGUGUUUGUUGUUUCUGGGACUAGGGGAGAGGUAGUAUGGUUUUUAUUAGGCAUUCAUGGAGGGUUGUGUGGGUUUUUAUUGGGUGUGUGUUUAUUGGGCGGGGAGGUGUGUGUUUUUUGGGCACAGGGGGGGUUGUGGUGGUUUUUAUUGGCACAGGGACAGGGUAGGUGGUUUUUGGGAGUUAGGGUGUGUGUUUUUAUUGGGCACAGGGGAGGGUUAGUAGUGUGGUUUUUAUUGGGCACAGGGGAGGGUUGUGUGUGGUUUUUAUUGGGCACAGUUUAGGGUAGUGUGGUUUUUAUUGGGCACAGGUAGGGUAGUGUGGUUUUUAUUGGGCACAGGGGAGGGUGUGUGUGGUUUUUAUUGGGCACAGUUUAGGGUAGGGGUUUUAUUGGGCACAGGAGGUUGUGUGGUUUUUAUUGGGCACAGGGGAGGGUUAGUGUGGUUUUUUAUUGGGCACAGGGGAGGGUAGUGUGUGUUUUUUAUUGGGCACAGGGGAGGGUAGUGUGGUUUUUAUUGGGCACAGGAGGUAGGGUGGCUUAGGGUAGUGUGUGUUUUUUGGGCACAGUUGGGAGUGUGUUUAUUGGGCACAGGGGAGGGUUGUGUGGUUUUUAUUGGGCACAGUUUAGGGUAGUGUGUUUUAUUGGGCACAGAGGGUAGGGUUAUGUGUGACAGGGUAGGUGUUUUUAUUGGGCACAGGGGUAUGGGUUUAGGCAGGGAGGUUGUGUUUUUUAUUGGGCACAGGGGAGGGUUGUGUGGUUUUUAUUGGGCACAGUGGGUAGGUGUUUUUUUGGGAGGGGGGGUGUGUGUUUUAUUGGGCACAGGGGAGGGUGUGUGUUUUUUAUUGGGCACAGGGGAGGGUUGUGUGGUUUUUAUUGGGCACAGGGGAGGGUUGUGUGGUUUUUAUUGGGCACAGGGGAGGGUUUGUGUUGUUUUUUAUUGGGCACAGGGAGGGUAGUGUGUUUUUAUGGACGGGGGGGUUGUGUGGUUUUAUUGGGCACAGGGGAGGGUAGUGGGGUUUUUUUAUUGGGCACAGGGGAGGUUGUGUGGUUUUUAUUGGGCACAGGGGAGGGUAGUGUGGUUUUUAUUGGGCACAGGGGAGGAUUGUGUGGUUUUUAUCGGGCACAGGGGAGGGUAGUGUGGUUUUUAUUGGGCACAGGGGAGGGUUUGUUUGGUUUUUAUUGGGCACAGGGGAGGGUUGUGUGGUUUUUAUUGGGCACAGGGGAGGGUAGUGUGGGUUUUUAUUGGGCACAGGGGAGGGUUGUGUGGUUUUUAUUGGGCACAGGGGAGGGUAGUGUGGGUUUUUAUUGGGUACAGGGGAGGGGUAGUGUGGUUUUUAUUGGGCACAGUUUAGGGUAGUGUGGGUUUUUAUUGGGCACAGGGGAGGGUUGUGUGGUUUUUAUUGGGCACAGUUUAGGGUAGUGUGGGUUUUUAUUGGGUACAGGGGAGGGUUGUGUGGUUUUUAUUGGGCACAGGGGAGGGUUGUGUGGUUUCUAUUGGGCACAGGGGAGGGUUGUGUGGUUUUUAUCGGGCACAGGGGAGGGUAGUGUGGUUUUUAUCGGGCACAGGGGAGGGUUGUGUGUUUUUUAUUGGGCACAGGGGAGGGUUGUGUGGUUUUUAUUGGGCACAGGGGAGGGUUGUGUGGUUUUUAUUGGGCACAGGGGAGGGUAGUGUGGUUUUUAUUGGGCACAGGGGAGGGUAGUGUGUUUUUUUAUUGGGCACAGGGGAGGAUUGUGUGGUUUUUAUCGGGCACAGGGGAGGGUAGUGUGGUUUUUAUUGGGCACAGGGGAGGGUUGUUUGGUUUUUAUUGGGCACAGUUUAGGGUAGUGUGGUUUUUAUUGGGCACAGUUUAGGGUAGUGUGGUUUUUAUUGGGCACAGGGGAGGGUAGUGUGGUUUUUAUUGGGCACAGGGGAGGGUAGUGUGGUUUUUAUUGGGCACAGGGGAGGGUAGUGUGGUUUUUAUUGGGCACAGGGGAGGGUUGUGUGGUUUUUAUUGGGCACAGUUUAGGGUAGUGUGGUUUUUAUUGGGCACAGGGGAGGGUUGUGUGGUUUUUAUUGGGCACAGUUUAGGGUAGUGUGGUUUUAUUGGGCACAGGGGAGGGUAGUGUGGUUUUUAUUGGGCACAGGGGAGGUUUGUGUGGUUUUUAUUGGGCACAGGGGAGGGUAGUGUGGUUUUUAUUGGGCACAGGGGAGGUUUGUGUGGUUUUUAUUGGGCACAGGGGAGGGUAGUGUGGUUUUUAUUGGGCACAGGGGAGGGUUGUGUGGUUUUUAUUGGCCACAGUUUAGGGUAGUGUGGUUUGUAUUGUGCACAGGGGAGGGUAGUGUGGUUUUUAUUGGGCACAGGGGAGGGUAGUGUGGUUUUUAUUGGGCACAGGGGAGGGUAGUGUGGUUUUUAUUGGGCACAGGGGAGGGUAGUGUGGUUUGUAUUGGGCACAGGGGAGGGUUGUGUGGUUUUUAUUGGGCACAGGGGAGGGUAGUGUGUUUUUUUAUUGGUGACAGGGGAGGGUAGUGUGGUUUUUAUUGGGCACAGGGGAGGGUUGUUUGGUUUUUCUCUGGUAGCCAUCUGACAUAAAGAAAUGCAUGUCGGUGUCGUAGCAUGCCACCGGCAUAUCUCUAUCUCUCUGGGGUUAGGCCUAAGCUUCUCUUCCUAUAUACAGUACCAGUCAAAAGUUUGGACACACCUACUCAUUCCAGGGUUUUUCUUUAUUUUUACUAUUUUCUACAUUGUAGAAUAAUAGUGAAGACAUCAAAACUAUGAAAUAACACAUAUGGAAUCUUGUAGUAACCAAAAAAGUGUUAAACAAAUCAAAAUAUAUUAUAUAUUUGAGAUUCUUCAAAUAGCCACUCUUUGCCUUGAUGACAGCUUUGCACACUCUUGGCAUUCUCUCAACCAGCUUCACCUGGAAUGCUUUUCCAACAGUCUUGAAGGAGAUCCCACAUAUGCUGAGUACUUGUUGGCUGCUUUUCCUUCACUCUGCGGUCCGACUCAUCUCAAACCAUCUCAAUUGUGUUGAGGUCGGGGGAUUGUGGAGGCCAGGUCAUCUGAUGCAGCACUCCAUCACUCUCCUUCUUGGUAAAAUAGCCCUUACCCAGCCUGGAGGUGUGUUGGGUCAUUGUCCUGUCGAAAAACAAAUGAUAGUCCCACUAAGCCCAAACCAGAUGGGAUGGUGUAUCACUGCAGAAUGCUGUUGUAGCCAUGCUGGUUAAGUGUGCCUUGAAUUCUAAAUAAAUCACAGACAGUGUCACCAGCAAAGUACCCCCACACCAUAACACCUCCUCCUCCAUGCUUUACGGUGGGAAAUACACAUGCGGAGAUAAUCCGUUCACCCACACCGCGUCUCACAAAGCCACGGUGGUUGGAACCAAAAAUCUCAAAUUUGGACUCCAGACCAAAGGACAAGUUUCCACCGGUCUAAUGUCCAUUGCUCGUGUUUCUUGGCCCAAGCAGGUCUCUUCUUAUUAUUGGUGUCCUUUAGUAGUGGUUUCUUUGCAGCAAUUCGACCAUGAAGGCCUGAUUCACACAGUCUCCUCUGAACAGUUGAUGUUGAGAUGUGUCUGUUACUUGAACUCUGUGAAGCAUUUAUUUGGGCUGCAAUUUCUGAGGCUGGUAACUCUAAUGAACUUAUCCUCUGCAGCAGAAGUAACUCUGGGACUUCCAUUCCUGUUGCAGUCCUCAUGAGAGCCAGUUUCAUCAUAGCGCUUGAUGUUUUUUUGCGACUGCACUUGAAGAAACUUUCAAAGUUCUUGAAAUGUUCCGUAUUGACUGACCUUAAUGUCUUAAAGUAAUGAUGGACUUCUGUUUCUCUUUGCAAAUAUAAAAUGAUGGACUGUUAUAAAAUAUAUUAUGAUUUGUUUAACACUUCUUUGGUUACUACAUGAUUCCAUAUGUGUUAUUUCAUAGUUUUGAUGUCUUCACUAUUAUUCUACAAUGUAAAAAAUAGUAAAAAUAAAGAAAAACCCUUGAAUGAGUAGGUGUGUCCAAAGUUUUGACUGGUAGUGUAUAUAUAUAUAUAUAUAUAUAUAUAUAUAUAUAUAUAUAUAUAUAUAUAUAUAUAUAUAUAUAUAUAUAUAUUUAAGGGCACCUAAAUGUGGCUCAUUUGGCCAAUAUCUGUCAUUUAUUGAUGGUGCUGACUGCCCCAGGUUGGAUCUGAAUGCAUAUGGAUGUCCAUUACAUUUGUCAAAUGUCCGGUAAAUUAAAAUCUUCCCUGUCAUGUUGUUCGGCGCCAAAUUUUCUGAAAGGAAACUCUGAAAUGGCAUAUUGUUUUUAUGAAGAUUUUAGAAUAUUCACAUGAAAAUCUGUCGCUAAUUGGAUGGAAACCUAGCUAUAGACACCCUAAAGUCUCUGGCAAGUGCGCUAGUCCAGUGUCACUUUGAUUAUGCCUUCACAUCAUGGUUCAACAGCAGUCCCAAAUAUCUUAAGAGUAAGCUAACAGCCAAACAAGCUUGUAAGAAUUGUACUUAAACUCCCCCCUCAUACUCAUCUGGAGGUAGAGAUUUUUUUGACUAUCUCUGUAAUGUGUCUAUCUAUAUAUAUGUAUAUGUAUUUAUGUAAAAAAAUAGGGACCACAAUGGAAAUAAGUCCCCGACUUUACUGUGCAAUCCCAGUCACUUUUUAAAAUCUUUGUGUGGUGCAUUGGCACAGAAACCUGUUGGUGGAAAGUUUGUUGCAUAUUUGUAUUUGUAUUUAUUAUGGAUCCCCAUUGGCUACUGCCAAGGCAGCAGCUACACUUCCUGGGGUCUGGCAAAAUUAAGGCAGUUAUACAAUUUUAAAAACAUUACAAUACAUUCAUUACAGAUUUCACAACACACUAAGUGUGUGCCCUCAGGCCCCUACUCCACUACCACAUAUCUACAACACAAACUCCAUGUGCACGUGUGUGUAUGUUAUCAUGUGUGUGUAUGCAUGUCUGUGACUAUGUUUGUGUUGCUUCACAGUCCCCGCUGUUCCAUAAGGUGUAUUUUAUAUAAUUAUAAAUAUGGCAUCAAGAUGUUGAAAAUCUGAUUUGCCCCUAGCUGAUCAUUGUCUGCAGCCAGCUCUGGUUGUAGUGUAAUGAAACAGGCAGGGAGAGUGAGCUCGUCUGUGGUGGUCGGCGAACCCUCAACCUUCUGGCCCGUAGCCCUGUGUGGCGUCGACUGUGCCUUUUUUCCACUAAUUGUUCUUUUGACCAAUCACAUCAGAUCUUUUUCAGAGCUGAUCUGAUUGAUCAAAAGACCAAUUAAUGAAAACAAUUAUCAGAAUUGGGCUGCCUGUGGCGGCAUUUACACAGGCAGCCCAAUUCUGAUCUUUGUUUCACUAAUUGGUAUUUUGACCAAUCAGAUCAGCUCUGAAAAAGAUCUGAUGUGAAAAUAUCUAAUUUGAUUGGUCAAAAGACAAAUUAGUGGAAAAAAUAUCAGAAUUGGGCUGCCUAUGUAAACGUAGCCUUUGUUGUUUCAGUUGAUUUGAUUCUUGAAGCAUUUAAUUUCAUAUCAGUUUUCUGCACAUAACUUAGGUUGAAUUUACACAGGCAGCCCAAUUCUGGUAUUUUUUCCACUAACUGACCAAAAAAUACAAAUUAGUGGAAAAAUAUCAGAAUUUAGCUGCCUGUGUAAACACAGCCAUAGAACACACAUAUUUCUCAAAUAGGUCUCACCAAUUGGGCCUUUCUCCAAUUUAGCAGAUUAAUUAAUCAUAUAAUGCAUUCUGUUGGAAACUAAAACAUUCGUUGCUAUAGACCCAAAAAUGUAUAAUGCUUACAAAUGUUUUUAAAUGUUCCUAAAAGUGUUACCAAAUUUCCCUCUGUCCACCAGGUGGCCCUGUACUGUGGCGUAUGCUGACUCGCCCAUCCACCCGCAGAGCCCUGACUGUAGGCUGCGGCCUGCAGAUGUUCCAACAGCUCUCUGGGAUCAACACUGUCAUGUAGGUGUUUUCCUUCAUCAGAAAUCAUCGUGUGUAUCUACCAACACUAUGGCCGCAUCUCCAUUAGUGUAAAGUGGCCUCAUCUCCUCGUCUCUGUACCUUCAUAUCUCUGAUCAAAACUUAGCAUGUCUGUCUAUCUGUCUGUCUGUCUGUCUGCCUGCCAGUCAGUCUCUUCCCUACUGUCUGCUUCACAGGAGGUUGGUGACACCUUAAUUGGGGAGGACGGGCUCGUGGUAAUGGCUGGAGCGGAGUAUCAAAUACAUCAAACACAAUUUUCCAGGUGUUUGAUGUCAUUCCAUUUGCUCCGUUCCAGACAAUAUUAUGAGCCGUCCUCCCCUCAGCAGCCUCCUGUGGUCUGCUUAUCCUCAGUGUUCAUGCCUUCUGCUUCUGUUGUCCCUAUCAGGUACUACAGCGCCACCAUCCUGCAGAUGGCGGGAGUGAGGGACGACAAGCAGGCCAUCUGGUUGGCUUCCGCCACCGCCGCCACCAACUUCCUGUUCACCCUGGUGGGGGUGUGGCUUGUGGAGAGAGUAGGACGCAGGAAGCUGACGCUGGGGAGUUUAAUAGGUGUGUGUGUGUGUGUGUAUAUCAUGUGUGUGUAUGCAUGUGUCUGUGCCUAUGUUUGUGUUGCUUCACAGUCCCUGCUGUUAAAGUGAGUGACUCACAAAAAUUCCUAGUUAUAUGUACAUAUCUACAUCAAUUACCUCGUACCCCUACACAUGGACUUGGUACUGGUACUCCGUGUAUAUAGCCAAGUUAUCGUUACUCAUUGUGCAUCUAUUAUUACUUUUAUUAUAUGUUUUACUUUUCUAUUAUUUCUAUAUUUUCUUUCUCUCUGCAUUGUUGGGAAGGGCCCGUAAGUAAGCAUUUCACUGUCAGUCUACACCUGUUGUGACAAAUACAUUUUUAUUUGAGGCGCCGGUCUCUCAUCGUUGUGUGCUUGUAAACAAACAACAUGUGACUGGGGACUACCGGUAAGCUUCAUAAUGACAUGUGACAGGUGAAAUGAAGAACGCAAUCUGCUUUAUUGCCUAACGUAUUGCACAAGUUGACUGCAGGUAUUUACUUAAAAGGCAGCUACAAAUAUUCAAAGAAAUAGUUUCAGCGGUAUUGAAAAAACCAUCCCAUGGCUAAUUCCAAAUACCCUGGCAUACGGUAUACCGCCCAAGCCUAGUUUUUUACUUAAAACUUAGGCAUGUGCUUUGCCUUAAGUCAGAAGAGGGAAAGGGAAGUCUUUACUCUACAAAUGUAUUAAUUUCUCUGUCUUCUAGGUACUGUUUUGAGUCUGACGGUCUUGGCUGUAGGGUUUCUGCUGUCAGCCCAGCACUCGCCUGCAGUCACACUCCACCCCACUGACCCCACUCUCAACUCCACCUCCUGCACACUAUAUGGGUGAGACUGUGUGGAACUUGUAUUACCUAAUACUGUAUAAGGAUUCAGAUUUUUUUUCCUGUCCCCACCACAAUAGAGUGAAGAGUGUCACACUGUUAACUGUCCCCAGGUCCUGUGAGCCCUGCAUGUUGGAUCCUGGCUGUGGGUUCUGUUACCGUGAGAACGGUUCCACUGUAUACGACUCUUCCUGCAUACCUGUCAAUCAAACAUCCGCUGAUGAGGCCGCCUGGGGCAGGUUAGGGAUUUGUGUGUGUGCGUGCGUGUCUCCGUUACUUCUUGCCUUUCUGUCUGUCUCUGUCUGUCCGUCUGUCUGUCUCUGAAGCCGGGGAUGGCUUUAUUUCUGCUGUAUCUGAGUUCUGUUUAGCCACAUUAUCUGAUGUGUUUUGGCUAUGUACAGGUGUUCCAAUCUGAGCCAGUUCAGUGAUGGGUCUCUCUGGGCCUAUAACUACUGCCCCACUUCCUACUCCUGGAUAGUGCUGCUUGGGCUCAUCCUCUACCUGGCUUUCUUUGCUCCAGGUGAGAACAACACCCUUUCUCUCCCUCUCUCUCACUCACUCACUUAUUCACUCACUCACUCACUCACUCACUUAUUCACUCACUCACUCAUUCACUCACUCACACACACACACACACACACACACACCAAACCAAACCAAACAAAACCAAACAAAACAGACAAAGGUCAAAAAGUUGUAUAUUUCCCCGCCUGGAGAGUUUCAUACCAGUUUGAAGUAUUCUUCAUAGUACAGAAUAUCUUGCAUACAGUUUUUUAAAAUAUAUAUCUUACGGUCUAUAACUAUUUUCUGUCUGUGUCCGCAUCCCUUUCCGUGCCUGUCUGUGUGUCCGUGCUGUAGGUAUGGGGCCAAUGCCGUGGACAGUGAACAGUGAGAUCUACCCUCUGUGGGCCAGGAGCACUGGGAAUGCCUGUUCAGCCGGAGUCAACUGGAUCUGUAACGUCCUUGUGUCACUCACCUUCCUCCACGUCGCUGAGUACCUCACCUACUAUGGUGCGGCUCAUCUACCUAGAUACUGUCUAAUUGUGAUGGGUGUUAAAAAGCUAUAACUGAGAACCUACUGACUGACUGACUGACUGACUAUUUGGCUUGACUGCCUGACUGAUAAACUGACUGAUGAUUUGAAUGACUGCCUGACUGAACUGGAGUAGGGGUUGUAACUGCACAGUUCACUACACAAAAUGUUUCAACUGCUUCUCUUCUCCUUCAAUCUAACUGGUGUCUCCAUCUCCCUCUUCCUCCCUCCAGGUGCGUUCUUCCUCUACUCAGGCCUGACUGUGCUGGGGCUGCUGUUUGUGCUGGGCUGUCUGCCAGAGACCCAGGGCCGCAGGCUGGAGGAGAUGGAGGCCCUGUUCUCUGGAAGCCUCUGCUCCUGCGGGGCGUCUGACGGGGAUGGGGACGGGUCCAGAAACAUCCUGUACAACAGCGUAAAAGGGAGCGACAUCCUCUCAGACAAUGAUGCCUCGGACAUGGAGUAG